AUGAUGGCUGCCGUCCUUCUCCUGCUCGUGUCGCUGGCCGGUGCGCAGGAGUCGCGCAUCGCGGAGUCCAAGGUGACCGGUGCGCAGGCAGCGGCAGGCAACGCCGAGCCGCCAGCAGCAGCCGCAGCGGAGGCACCACAUGAGCUUGAGCUUUUGCGCGGUGGCACGGCAGAGAUGCAGGCCGCAGGGCAAGUCUUCCUACAGCUGGGCGCCUCGCAGCAUGACGCCGCAGGAAUCCUCCAGAGGGUUGCUGCGGAGGGCAAGGCGGUAGUCAUGGAGGGCCCGCGCGAGACGCUCGACCAGAUUGCCGCCGCCUUCAAGGAGCUCGGCCUCGACUCGUACGCAGGGACGGGCGUCGAUGUGCUCGACGGCCGUGGCUUCGCAGCGCAGCUCUCUUCGGCGGAUGCCGCGCCCGCCCUCGUUGUCUUCUUCGCGCCCUGGUGCGGCCACUGCAAGAAGAUGGUGCCCGAGGUCGCCAAGGCGGCCAGCAAGCUCCGAGUGCGGGUCGUCGCCGUGGACUGCGAUCGUGCACCCGAGGUUGCCCGCGCCCUCGGCAUCAAGGGGUACCCGACCGUGAAGUUCAUGGCCAGGGGGAAGGCGUCCGGCUACGAGGGGCCGAGGACGGCGCUGCAGCUGGCCUCUUUCGCCCAGUCGCGCGCAGCCCUCGACCGGUAUGUGCUGCGCUGGGUGGAUAAGGCCGUCGCCGCCGUCAGGAAUAUGAUCCAGCGACCGCAGCCGUCGGCCGCGGCUCCUUAG